UUGAUUUACCAUGACAAGCCUCAGAAAGAGUUGCUCAAUGUUAAUGUUUGACAAGUAGGAAGAAGGUCGUCGGCUGCUGUAUCAAACAGCAUUAGGCACACAGCCACACGCUUUCAGUUCUCCUUCUACUCAAGAGUUUGUUUGCUGCUUUGUGAAGGAAUUACACAUUCAAAUCCAAGGGAGAUCGAAUGAAAGACAACCAUGGAAGUGCUGGUGCUGAUCGACUUUGAGAGCAACUCGGAUGACGAGCUCACUGUGAGAGAGGGGGAUGUGGUCAAAAACGUCACCAAGGCCAGUGAGGAAGGAUGGCUGCAGGGAGAGCUGAGAGGGAAAAAAGGCAUCUUCCCUGCCAACUUUGUUAAGGAGGUCCCAGUCUAUUUGAGAGGUGACAGCAAGAGGGAACCACGAAGCAUUAGAACAACAAAGAAGAAACAGACAAGACAAUGUGAGGUAGUGUUUGCCUACAGUCCCACGAAUGAAGAUGAACUGAAGCUGGUUGUUGGUGAGACUAUAGAUGUCAUUAGAGAGAUUGAAGAUGGAUGGUGGAUGGGACUGAAAAAUGGCAAAGUGGGGGCAUUUCCAUCAAACUUUGUCAAGGAAAUUUUUGUAUCUCUUAAAGACGGAAAGCACAAUGAGGUCAAGACAAGACCCAAACUCACUGAUGCUGUGUUCAAUAAGGAGAUAUCUCAGAGAGCAAGUGUGAGGAACAAAGCAAAGAAACCUGUGGAGUGUUGCAAAGUCAUGUUUGACUACAAGGCCAAAGCAGAGGAUGAGCUGGAACUGAAAAAAGGAGACGUUGUUGUGAUACUGAGCAAGGAAACAACAGAUGAAGGCUGGUGGGAGGGACAGCUAAACGGGCGCUGCGGCUUCUUUCCCGAUAACUUUGUCAUGGUGAUUCCACCGAUAGACGGCUUGCAAACAGGGACCAUAAGCCAACCACCUACACGCGCCAACAGCAAGAAGCUCUCAGUAAAUACAGAGGCCCCAGCAAUGGAGAAAGGCAGUCCAGCAACAGCAAAGGCAAAAGAUGAUAAACCAGAGCCUAAAGACCUAAGAACAAACCUUCCAACCAAAGUCAAACUUCCACCCAUCAUCAAACCCAGUCCACCUCCAGUCAAAGAUAAACCUAACAAGGUUUUACCAAAUAAACCCAACGGUGAUGUGGCUCCCGUUUCACUGAAACCACCGGAGGAGAAGGAGGCCGACCAGUUUGAUGGAUUGGAUCUACUGACUGAAAAGCUGAGUCAUCCAACAGCAAACAGAGCCAAACCUCCACAGAGGAGACCACCGACAGGACUGGCAAUAGCAGCACAAAGCGCCACGGACCAGACAGAUGCAGAACCAUCACCAAAGAAGCUCCAAACUGAGACAGAUGCUGAUUUGCAAAAGACCACAAAGCCUGAUCAUCGACCCAAGACACCACCCAAAGUACUCAUAGACAACAAAACUGUGACCUUUAAAGAGGAGCCAACUGUGGAAAGCCUGCAGGCUGAGAUCAAAGAGCUGAAAAUGGCUCUGGAGCUACUUGAGAAACGACAUGAGCGAGACAUGCAGGAAGUGAAAGAAGAACUGAAGGAGGAAAGAAACAAAAGACUGGCAUUGCAGGAGGAAGUGUGCAGUUUGAAGAUGAAAUAAUAAUCCUCCCACAGACUGUGACUGAGCUGCUUGUCUGACACUGUGCCAUGCAGGCCCUUGGACUGCAAAUUUCAGAAAAGGAAUUUUUUUUUUUCUGGCAGUGAGAAGGGGGGGAAAAAAAGCUUCCCGCAGAUGUGAUGGCUAAAGAGUAUAGCUGGACUUAAGAUCAAGCUACGCCUGUAAUGGUGCGAUAGUAUGAGAUCCUCCAUAAAAUGUUUAAAUAGCAUGCUGUUUGAUAUUGGAUUCCAGGUGCUCAGCUGAAUAUUCCUGGAAGCAAAUUACCGUUUUACAUUUUUCUUUUUUUCAACCGUCACCUUUAUUACUUUUAUUGUGGAUUAUAGGUGAGGCUAUUUUUAAAGUCAGGAAUUGUAAUAUAUGCAGCUGUACAUAAGAGGAAAUAUUAUUAAGUCUUUUACAAAAAGUUAAAAUACAAUUUACGCAAUCAUGAGGGUCUUUUUGUUUUUUUUUACCUGAAUGUCAAGUGAAAUACUACUGUCCAAAUCUUAGGCUGCCAUGCCGGUGAAUUUACGGAAUGUAAUGUAAUGCUGCAAAUAUCCACUAGGGGGCCCUGUUUGUCUAUUUUUCUGCACAAGGUGUUAGGUUUUCUGGAACUGACGGAAGUGGCCUGGCAAUAGUAACCUCACAUUGGAGAAGAAGAAAAAAAACAACUAUAUUUUUCAUUCAGAAUAGUAAUUGUGAUAACAUUUAAAAUUUAAACCAAUGGCUCAUGUUAAUGGAUAGUGCCUUAAGAGAAAAAAAGAAAUAAAACAGUGAUUAAAUGCA